UUUCGCAAAUGUCGAACAUCGGCAAGAUGCGCGGUUGCGAGGAUAACCCGGGAAACAUGAGUACCGGCCUGACGGAAUGGUUUAGAAACGAAGUACACUUCUGGCGGUGUGUGCACGCCGUCGUGAUAGUUGUGGCCUUACAGUUUGUUCUCACCCCCGUUGCCUUGUCCUUCCUCCAGUUCAGCGUGUACUCCCCGUUCGACGGCUUCUACGAUUGGCUGGCAUCAUUAAUAGACUCCCCAUGGCAUCACAUGUGUCUGCUUGGUGCAGUGUUUGUUCUGGCUGUCUACCAUGUGACCUGCGUAAAUGUGGCACCUGUAAUACACACGACACGCCUGGCGCAAGUUGUACACUUUGGUCACCCACGGAGCCACGGUCAAGCCUUGCUGCGAGCAUUUGCUGGGGCUAUCUUUGUCCGUGCCAUUCUGGGCAUGUCAGGUGGCCCAUAUGCUCGUGUGGAUGUCCGCUGCACCCCCUCAGCAGAGUUAGAGGAGUGCAUGAGUGACGCAUACGUGUUUUUGGUGCUGCACGGAGCAUUCACAUCCAUCAGCCUGCACUUGAGCCAGCUGGCUGCCAAAGGGUCCUGCCUUGCAUUCCCACCAAUACAGGUGGUAUCGCUGAGAAAGCACCUCCCCAUCAGCUCCACUGUGCGCAGAGCUGCCUGGGAGACCAUGAGGCAUGCCUACAUCUAUUACCUGCUCUUCUUUUUUCUAGGUUCCUUUCUCAAGUAUUGGAUUUAUGGUGACAUGGAGCCAACCAUAUGGGUUGGUGAUCUGCAGACAGUGUGGGGUCUAAUUAACCUGCGACUCUUCUGGGCACUGGUGGUCACUGGCGCUGCCCUAAGAACCGUGGACCACCUGGCUGUACUGAUGCGAGACUACUGUCUCACUAAGGGCUACCAAUUUCCUGUUGCAGUUCAGUUCGAAGCAGAGAGGCCCUUGCAGCUGUCCACGGCUAUGGCAUCACGUGGCUGUGCUUUUGUUCAGUACCUGAGCUUCCAGGACUUCCGGCAACUUGCCGAGCACUCUCCCGCUCGCCGAGCACAGGUCUUCGCAGUCAGCUCGCCCGGCUUCCACCCGCUGCACUGGGGUGCUCUGUGUGAAGCAUGCCUGGUGCUCGUGCGUCAAUUUUGCCAUGCCCUGGGGCAAGUGGAUAUGCCGCCACCGCCGCAACCUCCUAACCCCCAGGCUGCCACACCUCAAGCUUCAAGAACAACUGAGGGUGCUUCAUUUCUGCGUAUGCGGCCUCUCUCACUGGCUACACCACCCCCUGACCCUCUGCAAAUCAUGAACCAGGUCCAGCCGCCGCCACCUCAGCCAAAAGUGUCAGUAGUAAGAUGGAUGCUGGAUGGUUUGAAAAGCCAUCCUUUGGCAUCGUACUUCAUCUCCGAGCUGCCUGAUGUCAAGAGUAGGCAGCUGUUUGCCGAUUGCCAGCCUCUCAUCUGGGCCAUCGAAGGUCUGUGCCUGCUGGUGUGUGCUUCCAAGACUGAAGACAAAUAUGGUGUGGUGCAGUUCAGCCUACCAAAGAUAUUCAGUGCCCUGCUGGAAAUGGAUCAGCUGCUGGAGCGUCACAGCAAGCGCUGCUCCAUUCUGCGUCGUCCCAACAGCAGCUUGGGCCGUGAGCUUCGUCUGGGGAGGGCCUUGGCGGCUGCAGUCACGACCGGUCUUUACCAGAUGACAAUCACAUUUAAACAGCACCUUGGGUCGAUAGACCUCACAACUGAACAUAUGCGACGCCUGAAGCAGUUUGAAGAUUUCAUUAGAUAACUCCAUUCUGUAGUGAGCCUUUUUCUCCCACAUUUUUUUUUAAGUGCCAACACUCAUUGUCACUGCCAUGUUUUCCUGUCAUUUGUAUAUAUGAAUGUUUUAUAAUAUUUCUUAUCUGCAUUUGCGUAGACAAAUAAAUAACUUAUUCAUGACAAAACA